CAAAGCCUUUCUUUGACCUAAUUAAGAGAAACUCUCAAAUUACCUCACUCUCCAUGGCCAUUCUCAUUUUCACUUGAAAUCAUUCUCCACAAGCCGCCUACACAAUCAAGUCACCAAUUCGAAACUAUCAAAGAAGAGGUAUGAGGAAAGAUCGGAACAGAAAGCGGAGGAAGUUAGAGGAAGGGCGGAAGCCGAAAGAGGAGAAGGCAAAUAGGUUAACGUUUACGGAGAAAAUGUCCUCUUUUCUUUUCUUUUUUUUUUUAUGGAUAUCUUGAAGAUUUAGAGUUGUAUUUAGUUUAUAAGAAAAUCUGGAAAAUGCAUUGAAGUAGAUGUGUUUGUUAAAUUUCCUUCUUGAUGCAUGUUGGAUUGGUAAAGUUGUCAAGUAGGAAUUUUGCUUGAUUUUUAUAUUGAUCUUGAGUUGGCCGAAUAUUAUUAUUGGAACUAUAUGCGGAAACUAAAGAAAAGUAUGUUCAAUAGUUUAAAUUAAGAAAAGUGUGUUCGAUAGUUUAAAUUAACUGAUUAAUGGUUAAUAUGAAUGAUUAGGACAUGGUAAUUAUGCAUUUCUUAUGGAAAAACUUGAUGGAAGUUGAAUUUAUGGGUUUCCCUGAUGGAAGAACGAUGGAGGAGUAUACAGGAUUUCCUACAGUUGGAUGUUUUAUUUUGAAAGUUCCGGUUCUUUCUGUUUUCUUUUUCGGUUUUUUUUUUUUUGUGAAUUUUCCCUCAUGUCCUGUCCUGGACUUCUCAAAAACUUGUUUGAAACCUAGCAAAUGUACUUAAGAUCUGAAACUGCAGAAAUCCAGAUUUACGUGCCUUUGUUGAGAGACGCAUUUCUUCUACCUCUUGAACUCUUUUCUGUGAUUACUUUUCAUGAAUAUCUUCUAUACUUGAUGGAUUUUAUCUCAGUUUUUACGGAUCAUCAAAAAGAGCGAAAAAUAUAGAUUUGAACAUGAUAAAUCUGUCCUGAAAUUCUGGAACCUUUGUUGAGGUUCUGUUUGGGAGAUAGUUUUUCUCCUUAUUUUUGAACUGUUCUACCUGAUUUCUUUGGAUAAAGUCCUACCUUGUUUAUCCUAGUUGACAAUGGCAUUGAUGGUUCACAAAUCAGAGGUUUGGGUGGAUUAAAACUUUGUUUCCGCUAUGGCCUCUGUACCAUUAUUUUGCUGAAUUUUUCAGAACUUGGAAAAAGGUGAGAAGCUGAUUUUAAGCUUUGGUUUUCCUUUGGUCAUUCAAGUAUAAAUGGAUUUGGAACUUGAGGAGAAUAUGUCUUUUUCUGAAAUUUGUUUGCUAAAAGUUCAUCUCUUUCUUUUGAAACAUUUGGAGUUGCUUGUUGUUCCAUACUCGAUAAAGAAGCAUUUGCAUCGACUGAGAGAGUUUAAAAACUAUUACACCCUGCCAUAAGUUUCAUUUAAUAUGGUAUAGUAGUAGUGCUAUGGUUACCUGUUUGAUUAACAGACUUCACAGGUGAUCGUAGGAUUGUUGAAUACUAUCCGGGUGAGUAAUCUCACUGCAGUUAAUCCCUUUCAUAAAAUUGAAUUGGGUAAAUGAUCGUGAUACUUGAAUGCUGUAUUGAAGUGUAUUGCUUGAAUCUUGUAAUGCCUAGGAAUUGAAUUGCAUCUACAAAUGCAUAUAAGAAAUUGCCCACCGAUUAAAUUCUUCUUGUUAAGUCGUCGACAUCAGUUGGUAAUGGAAAUAACCCACCAAUAAUGUUGAUUAAAUAAAGGAAAGGCUUCGGGUGCAAUAAGAAAUUGUAUUCUGCGUAUGUUUGGUGGUUAAAAAGUGGAUCAUUAGCCUGCACCUUCUAUAAUACCGUAUGAUUUAGCUUCUAAAUGUGACUCGCACUUUGUUUUUGCCAUUUUCCUCUGAAGAGUUGCUGCAAUGCUGUGUUUCAUUUGCAGGUAAAGGUAAACUCUCCUGUUGAGAUUCUGGAACUUCUAAACUUGGGUAACAGUAUGCAAUGUUGAGGAGCUUAUGUAACUUCAUAUAGGUCCGUGAAAUAUGCUUUCUGCAUUUUUUUUUCCACAAUUAGUUUGUUUGAUGUUUGGCAAAAAAUGAAUAUCCACUUUGUUCAGAGUGUAGGACAGACAUUGUCUGUGUAGUUGCAAGAUUAUGAUUAUAAAGAACACUGUUAGUCUCUAGGAAACUUUUUAAGUUGAAAAAAAGUUCUUCUGGUUAAUGGCUUCACGGAUUUUCUUUUAUUUUAUUUUAUUGUUUCAAAAGACAACUAUCAUAAGUUCUUCGGAUCCAAACGUUCAUCCUUUUCUGUUAUUUAGUGCCUUUGUGUUGUUUUGUGAAUUGCCACUGACAGUUAGCUUUCACAGCAUAUAAUGCAUGUUUUCUUUGUUCUUCUUCUGGUGGGUAAAUGAUUUAGUAUUUAACCAUUCUUUCUUUUUUGGCCUGGAGUUUUAUAGCAAAAAAGAAAGCUUAUGUAGUUUGGUUAGCCUUUAUGUUGUAGGAUUUUGCUUGUAGUGAGUUCUUUGUCCGCUGUAAUUUGCAGUGGAUGCAAUUUUAACUUAUAGAAUGAAUAUGCAUGAAUUCUGUAUUGAGUAGGUUCAGAACAGAUGCUAAAAAGAUGUACUGUGCCUUUGUCAUGUUAUGAUUCAUACAUUGUUACUAUAACAUGUCAUUCAUUAAAUUAUGGCUGAAACAGGCAUCAUAGAGUCUUCGAAAAGUAAAUAAUUGAUUAUAUUGGACAGGAAUUCCAUAUCAAUUUUGAGGUCAAUUUAAUAUAUAAAGAAUUAACAUAAGCUAUUCAAUCCUAAACUUUAAGAAUCAACUUUGUCUUUGCUGAACUGAUCCUUUUUUGUUCAUAUGAUUACUUAGUUGUCAGAAGUUGCUGUGGAUUUCUACAUUUAGUUUACUGGUUCAUUUAUACACUUGUUUUGAAAACUGGGUAAAAUUGCAACUCCGCUCUUGAUUUGGGUUGCGAUACUUCCUCUUAAGUCUCAAGUACCAAAAAAUUACAGAAAGCAGACCUGAACUAAUCCAGUUCACCAUUUGGCUUCUUUGCCAAGAACUAUGUUAAGAAAGUGAUCCAAAUCUCAUCACAGAGAAGUAAGUUGAUUAACCAAAGCCAAAUCCCGAGUGUAUACUUAUUUGACCCAAAACUCUCUCUCUGUUAUUGCUAGAUUUCCGAAAUUGAAAUGAUUACACUUCUUGCGGAGGAUUUGGGGGUGGAGGAGAAAGUAGAAGUUACACCAAGUGGGGAGGUAAAGGAGGCGGCCGUAACCACUUCCUGCUACCAUGACAAGGAGGUGAUGGAGGUGGUCUCAGGUGUCAGGGUCUAUUUCAUUGUAGUGGAGGCAUCAUUGUAGGAAAUUGCUAAAUAAUUAUGGAAAUGCAAUUUUUUAACAUUAAUUUUUUAUAUUAAUAAUGAGUAAUUAAGGACGGUUAGCUUUUGAUUGAUGUUCAUUGCUAAUGUUGAUAUUUACCAUAAAAAUUAUAUUCAUUCUGAAUUUUGAGCCUAACAACAAUAACCAGAUCAUUGUCCCUAGGCCCCUUAAAGAUAGUCAUUUUCAUUGUUAUUGAGGAAUUUAAACAAUACACGCUCUCUUCUACUAUUUAGUUAACCUUUUCCCUGUAGUAAUUUGUUUUGGGUCAUAUUUUGAUCAUUUCUCAGGAUCUUCAUUUUUGUGUUCUUUAAUUCACAAACUAACUUUUGGUAUACGUUCUGCUCAGACACUUCCAUCUUACAGUUUGCUGUUACGAUACCUUCGUAGGGCCAGUAUUUUAUGUUGAAAAUUUGAAUAAUAAAUGAUUGUGACUGUUAACAAUUUUCCAUGCAUGCUUUCCCAACAAUGCGUGAAUCUAUUCUUUGAUGGUUAGUAAUCUUACGAUCUUUUAUAUGCAUACUUAGGUAAAAGAUGCUUGUUUCGACACGUUGGUGAUGCAUAAUCAUAGAGCUUUGUGAUUUUUAAGUAGACGAAGAAAGUUUAUGCAAGUUUUCAGGUGAAGAGUUUUCUUGUUUUUCUUAUCGAAAUACCAAUCUAAUCCUGCAAUAAUGCUGUGAGAUGUACUCUCUCUGCCUUGAAAUGGUUUUCUCAUUUGGAAUUUUAUUUUGAGUACUGAAGACAACUGAUUUCUGGUUUGUAUUUUUUCUUUUUCAGUACCACAUUUAUUUUUAAAUAUCUCUUAAAUGUCUAAUUGAUAAAAAGUCUCUUUUCAAUUGCAGCGGCCCCUAGGUGUGGAAAACUCAUUUACAGUAUUCGCUUUAACGUUUGUAAAUAUUACUCCAAUUGUCCCAAAAAAAAGUCCAAACGAGAUAAUUAUUUUGGGACGGUUAGAGUAAUAUUCACAAAGGUUAAAUGAAUACUGCAUAUGGUUUUUACCCACACCCAGGGCCACUGCAAUUAAGACCGUAUUCCUCAAAAUUGACAUUUAAGAGAGGUGUAAAAAUUAAUUAUUGGUAAGAUAUUUCUGACAUAGAUAAACAAAUUUGGCCAACUAAACAGCAGUGGUAUUCUAUAGCCUUAAUCCUGGCGGGUUUUACUCAAAAUGCUUCCAGUUCUUUCAUAGGGAAGGAUCAUCAUCAUCAUCUCUCAAUCUAUCUAUGGGUAAAACCCUAGUUUGCCACACCCAUCACCAGAUCUCUCUCCGUCCCUCCUCCAAAUCCAAUUCUGAUGAGCAUUGGAAUCGAGGUGGAACCUGGAGCCUCAAUGAGCAAAAUUCCAAGUCAUCAAUUACAUCGGCGAAUUUUGUAGCGGAGAAUGGAGAUCUCCUCACUCAAAUCCUGGUACGUUUACCUGUUAAACCCCUCAUCCGUUUCCAGUCUGUGUCUAAGAAGUGGCUUUUGAUCAUUUCGGACCCCGCUUUCCGGCGUCGCUGUUUUCCGAGGCGUACAGGCGCCCACUUCUUGUGGAGGGGGGCAAUUGAUAUGGAGCUCAACUCCUUGUCCCUUGACGAAUCGUAUUUAAGUACUAUGAGUAGCACUGUUUUGCAAUUGAGUAAUCUCUUUGAUCUUAAUCGAGUAGUUGGAUUUAAUUCUUGCAAUGGGUUACUAGCAAUUGUUUUAAAGAAUUCCGAUGGUGGACUCAAUUUUGUUGUGUAUAACCCCACUACUCUUCACAGUAGGCUUAUUCCACCGAUUCCUGGGACCGGUGGAGAAGAUUCUUUUUGGGGUUUUAUUGACAGCGAUUCUGAAACAGAGGAUUCUAUGUCGCCAAUGAUUCGUCCUCAAACUUAUAGAUAUUUUGGAGCUUUGCAUAUUGCAUUUGAUCCUUCACAGUCUGAUCAUUAUAAGUUACUAUACAUCUGCGGUUUCUGGAACCUUAGAUUCGCUAGCUAUGCAUCUGACACUCAGCUCUGGAGUAAGAGCAGGUCAGUACUUGAUCACCAGCUAUGGAAUAAUAUGACAAUGUAUUAUAAGAAAGGAGUAUUUUGGAAUGGAGAUAUGUUUUGGGUUGAUUCGAGAUUAGGCACUUAUUGCUUCAAUUUUGAAAAAGGAUGCGCAAAGCGAAUCACUGCUUCACUUCCUCAAGGUCGUCCUAUCUUGGAAGUAGAUCGUCACCCUGAUGUUAUAUAUUUUGGGGUGUGUGGGGAUAGCUUAUCUCUUGUCAGGUUGAUGGACUUCCACCCAUUGCUACUUGACAUCUACCAGUUGGAGUUGGACUAUUCAAGAUGGAACUUCAAGUAUCAAGUUGACCUUUCUCCACUGAGAAGUGCUCCGUAUUCAUCAAUGUUUGACAUUGCUCCUCAUUCAGCGUGGUGGCAGCGUUUUUAUGUGCUUAAUUGCCUUAUGGAUGAGCAACUGAAACCAACCGAGUUGUUGAUCUCGGUUCGAGGAAAAAUCAUUUCCUAUGAUAUUCAGGACAUGAUUGUGAAAGAGAUCGCUGACGUAGUUCCGGAUACUGAUGAAGCUCAUUGGCGGUUCCUGUUUAAAUGGUCACAAGUGUUCGAACAUUUUGAGACUGUUGCUUCUGUUUAGGUUAUCUGCAUUGAAGAUUCAACCUCCCAGACGAAGAAACUGCCAUUCCUUUCUGAUGAACUAGCCUUGGAGUGUGAAGGGAAGGACAAAUACAAGUGCGGUUCUAAUGUGUUCCGGAUAAUGGAAAAUUUAAGAUUUGCCCUACGGCACAACUUUGUAUCAAUACUUUCUUUGUCAUUAGUUUCUUUCUUCAUCAAACAUAUAAUGUGUUGUGACUUGAUCUUCAUUUUCCUGUCAAUGUUUUGCAUUCUGAGCUUGCAUAAAAUUUGCCUUACAUGUCUUUUCUUUGGAAGUUCGAUUUUAUUUUCAAUUAGAAACCAGUAUUAGUACAGAAGCUGUCAUCUACUAGUUCCUCUGCUCAAAGACACACCGUGAAGAUUUAUGGGUUAGUAAAUGCAAAGUUAACGUUCCAUCAACUGCAGAGUUACUGAAAUGUUAUAUUACAAAAUGCUGUUUAGCAGAGUAGAAGCC